AUGGGUAGAGCAAUUGGUAGACCAAUUAGAGUGGAUCCAACUACACUAAACAAAGAAAUUGGUUACUAUGCUAGCAUUUUAGUGGAAAUAGAUUUAUCGCUGUCUAUUCCUACUAAGAUUUCAGUAGAGACUAAGUACUGUAAAUUUGAACAGGAUAUCAGAAUAUCUAAGUUGCCUAAGUUUUGUAGUCAUUGCAAGACUGUAGGCCAUUGGGUGAUAGAAUGUAGACUGAAAAGAAAGGAAAAAAUUCAAGGUGAGAGACCUCAAGUCAUACAGAAACAAAAAUGGAGAUACACUCCAAAAAUACCUCAAGUUCAAACUGCAGGUGGUUUUGAUAUAUGCUUUCCUGAUAUUAAUAACAAAGAUUCAGCAAAAUCACAAAUUCAUGAAGAAUUACUUAGUGAAGGUGAAGAAGUGGAUGCAUUCAUUACUCCUAUCAAUAGUUAUUUUGUUAUGCAACUUAAAACUGGUUACAAUGGUACUUUAGAAUCUACUUCAGACUUCCCUGCACUAUCUGUAGGAAAACUUAUUGAAGUUGGAACAAGCAUUCCACCUCCCACAUGUGCUAGUUCAUAUACAUCACAUAAUGAUUCUUCUUCAGGAGCUCCAAUUUUAUCAACUGCAGCAAAUGAUAUUUUCACAGCUCAAGUUUUAUCCAACUUUUCUACUUCAAAUAUGGAUGGAUGGAAGGUAAUUGCAAGAAAAACCACAACACCAAAGAAAGAUAGUAAUUCCUCCAUGGUGAAUAAUUCUGAACCUAAAGUUAGAGUUACUAGCAGGGGAAUAAAAGGUUUAUAUUUACCUGGAAUGUGUCAAAUGAUUAUUCAUAAUUCUACUAAUACUGCAAAAGGCAAUAUAUGGUUGUUCUGGCAUUCCUCUUUAACAAAACCAGUUGUUAUUUCAUCUUCAAAUCAGGUUAAAGUGGGGCAUGUACUGGUGACUGGUAUUCAUGCAGCUUGCCUUACUGUUGAUAGAAGACAAUUGUGGGGAGAACUGCAAGACAUUAGUGAAAUGAACCUACCCUGGAUGAUAAUUGGUGAUUUCAAUGUGGCGUUAAGUUGUGAUGAAAAAGCAAGUGGCAGAAGACCUCUCAGAAUAUCAAUACAAGAAUUUAGAGAUUGCAUGGAGUCUUGCAAUUUAAUACAAGCUACAAGAACAAGAAUCAAGUUUUCCUGGUGCAAUAAUAGAGAUGGAAAGAAAAGGAUUCUAUGUGAUUUAGAUAAAGCUUUUUAUAACACAAAAUGUUUGGACAACUUUGAAGGAUGGUGCUACAAGGUAGGAGUAAGAGGAACUUCAGACCAUGGAGCUUUAUUUGGCUUUGUAGUUAAUACUAAAAAACCAGUGAAUGCUCCCUUCAGAUAUCAAUCUGUUUGGUCUUCUCAUCCAUAUUUUUUGAAAUUGAUCAAAGAUUCAUGGAAUGUAGAAAUAGCAGGAAACCCAGCUUUUUCAUUUUUAGCAAAAUUAAAAAGGCUUAAACAAAUACUCAAGAAAUGGAACUGGGAGGUCUUUGGUGAUCUGAGAAUAACAUUCAAGAAAACAGAGGAUGAGGUUUUAGCAGUUUCUUUAUUAUCUGAUAAUGACCCUGAAAAUAUUGAAUUGUUAAAUAACCUGGUCACAGCUAGAGGAAAACAUGAAGUUGCAUCUCAACAAUACAAUGAAUUAUUGAGAGCUAAAUCUAGAGUGAAGUGGGUUCAAAUUGGUGAUGUUUUGGUGGAGCACUACAAGAAAAAAUUUCAAGCCCAAGAAUUACUUAUUUCUGAAGAGAUUUUGGAUGUGAUUCCUAAAAUUUUAACUGAGGAAGACAAGUUGUUUUUAGAUGCCACUCCUUCUGCAAUGGAAAUAAAAGAAGCAGUUUAUGGAAUGGAUGCAAACAGUGCACCAGGCCAUGAUGGAUUCCCUGACAGCUUCUACAAAUAUGCAUGA